CACAUGAUCAAAACAUGGCGACAUUAUUAGGGCGUUUAUUAUCUCUGCCUAAGAAGCAUAUGACUUUUGCUGCGAUGGAUACUUCAGCAGAUGCAAAUGAAAUUGAAGACUCAGUUAUGGUGGAAAAGUUUGGAAAAGUGAUGACCAUAGGUAUAAAUAGACCAGAUGUACGGAAUUGCGUGAAUCCAACCACUGCUGAUCGACUAAUAGCAGCCUUCAACCAAUUUGAGCUUGACUCAGAGGCAUUGGUGGCUGUGCUGUAUGGCAAGGGGGGAUGUUUUUGUGCUGGCUUUGAUCUGAAGGCUUUAGCAAAAGGUGAACUGGAUCCCCUUUCUUAUCAUGAUCCAAACUCUGGGACAAGAGCUGCCAUGGGUCCCACAAGGAUGGCAUUCAGCAAACCUGUGAUUGCUGCCAUAGAUGGUUAUGCUGUAGCUGGCGGUCUGGAACUAGCAUUAAUGUGUGAUCUGCGGGUAGUAGAAGAGUCAGCUGUGAUGGGAGUCUUCUGCAGACGCUUUGGUGUCCCUCUAAUAGAUGGAGGCACCAUGCGCCUGCCUGCUCUCAUUGGACUGUCCCGAGCUCUAGAUCUUAUCCUAACAGGCCGACCUGUAUCUGCCAAAGAAGCAUUUGAUAUUGGACUAGCCAACAGAAUAGUGGCAACAGGAACUGCUCUAGGACAGGCCUUGCAGCUGGCUAACAGUCUUGUCAAGUUUCCUCAGGCAUGUAUGAGGGCAGACAGAGCCUCCUGCUACUACUCCACAUUCCAGGCUGCAUCUAUGCAGGAGGCACUCCAGCAAGAGUGGACUGCAGGCAUUGAGGUCAUCAAAUCAGAAGCCAUACAAGGUGCCAACAGAUUUGCAAAAGGAGCAGGACGUCAUGGUGACUUUACUGGUGGUUCAAAGUUGUAGACUGUCCAGAGAAGUUGAAAAAGUCACAGUACAUGUACUAUACAGACUCCUGAGACUUUUGUUACAAUGCUAAUUAAAUUAAAUUUAAAUGUCAGAUCAUAAAAUGAUUACUUACAGAAAGAUUAUUUUGCCUGGGUGGUGAGUUAUUUUAUAUUUUUAUGGGUUUUUUUCAUGAACUUCAUCUUUUUUGAUUAAAUAUGUAAUGUUAAUGCAUAAGCAUUGAAAAAAGAGCAGGAAUGCCUUAUGACCUAAAUAACACGAGUGCCCAGGUACUACAAAAACCAGGAAAUAAAAAGGCACAUCAUAUUGUCAAUAAAGAUUACAAAUGUAAUAAA